AUGAAGAGCAUGAAACCUCGCCGCGGCGCCAACGAUCGCGGGGGAAUUCGCAAGCGGGGCCCUACUCGAACCGACCGAGAUGGCGACAUGGACAUGGAUGUGGGCGGUGCUCGUGCGAAGAGAAACCGUGCCGACAAGUCUGCCCUAGGUGGCCGCGCCGCCGGGGCCGGUGCAGGUGGCCGAGCUGCAGGAACUAGUAACCGGACCCAGACUCGCAACAAGCUCAUGGAUGCGGAUGUGAUUCAAAGAGCCAUUUCCAGCGCCGAUAGCCAAGCGAAUAUUCAACACGGCGGCAAGAAAAAGACAGGCGGCGACCUGGAACCGUUCAGUGUCCGAGGAUGGAAAGAAAGCAAGGCGGCAAGCAAUCGUGAUGGCGGCCUCGAGAGCCUCAUCGCAUUCCUCGAACGACGUAUGAAUUCUUUUAUCAAAUCCGGACCCCGCGCAAGGAUUACAAAGUCGCGCACUGAAGGUGACACCCUUGUGGCAUUCGUUCGGCCUGAUCUAGCGGGUCACAUGCUUCGCAUCAACAACAAUGUCUUCGCCGGAACUCAUAUAACUGUUGAAGCAUACACUGCCGCCACCGCACUUGACAAUGAACUGGCUGCAGUGGCCCCCGUUCCUGGCUCGACCGCCGAUACCAAGAAUAAGAUGACUACUAUCCUCGGCAAACGCUUUUUCCCUGCCACUAAGCUACUCGACUUGUCAAAGAUGAUGGAUGAUCCUGAAUUACACGACAUGGGAGUCUUCGAGAGCAUGUCUACUAAGUCUAAGUUCUUCCCUGCUCUUAUGAAGGUCUGGGAAUUGGGAUUCAAGAAUGCAUCCGAGCGACGUGAGGCAGUCGAAAGUGUCAGUCUGGCGGGAAACAGCCUCAACAACAUCACCUCCGUGACAACCCUUGCACAAACCUUCCCUGAUAUCCAAUAUCUGGACCUCUCAAACAACAACAUUAAAAAUGCGGCAGCGAUGACUGCAUGGCGAUGGAAAUUCCGCAACCUCAUCUUUCUUGACUUGACUGAUAACGAGAUCAGUUCCGAUCCCACUUUCAAGGACACCAUGCUCAAGUGGUACCCCAAGUUGCAGACUUUAAACAACGUGCAAGUGCGAACUCCGGAAGAGGUCGCCGCUCAGAAAAGAACACCGAUCCCUGUCUUGCCCCCUCACUUUGUCGACGAAUCUCAAGUCGGCGAAAAUUUUGUCCGUGCUUUCUUCCCUGGCUAUGACAACGAUCGCAACAGCCUCGUUAGCAGCGUCUACGAUGAUCAAUCCACUUUCUCGCUGAAUGUAAAUACCACCGCUCCCCGGGCCGGUCAAACCGAGACCGCAGGCUGGGGUGAAUACAUCAGAAAGAGCCGAAAUCUAGACAAGAUCAGCCACCUUUCCGCACGGAUGUCGCGCUCCUACAAGGGCGUUGAGAAAAUCCGUGAGGUUUUCAAUGAGCUCCCCCCUACUCGCCACCCCGACCUUGUCGCAAAGGCAGAUCAAUGGCUCGUUGAAUGCCACCCGGUCCCUCAUCUCCCUGACCCUACUGGGCAGAGCCCCACUGGCGUUGGUGGCCUCUCCCUCAUGGUGCAUGGACAACUUGAGGAGAGCGUCGGUGGCAAGGUUGAGAUCCGCAGCUUCGACCGAACCUUUAUUCUUGGCCCCGGUAACACCCCCGGUGGCAUCCGAGUUGUCAACGAGAUUUUCUGCCUGCGCGCUUACGGUGGACAUGAGGCAUGGUCCCCUGAGAUUCAGGCACUUUCUCAAGUCUCUCAGACUGCAGCACCUGCUGCCCCGAGUGGCACCGUUGCUGAAGGAUAUGGCUUGCCCCGACCUGGGAAGUCCGAUACCCAGCUUCAGCAGGAGCAGAUGGUCACUCAGAUGAGUAGCAAAUCAGGCAUGACUUUCCAAUACUCAGAGAUGGCCCUCGCGGGCAAUGGCUGGAAUCCCGAGCUUGCUUGGAAAAACUUCGAACAGCUCAAGGCUACCAAUGCACUUCCUCCCACCGCUUUUCUUGCUCCAGCGUGA